AUGACUGACUGUCUUGGCUUUGCUUUCUCUUCUGUGUCGACUACAGUCAUAGCAGCAGAUGGCUUAUACAAAAGAGACGUGUUUCGAUUACCUGAUCCCUUUGCCGUAGUAACUGUAGACGGAGAACAAACGCAUACUACCAGUGUCACAAGAAAAACUCUGAAUCCGUAUUGGAAUGAAGCCUUCGAUGUUCAAGUUACAAACCAAAGCGUGAUCGCCGUACAAGUAUUUGAUCAGAGAAAAUUCAAAAAGAAGGAUCAAGGCUUUCUUGGUGUCAUUAAUGUGCAGGUUGGGGAUGUAAUGGAUGUUAAUGCUGGAGGAGACGAAAUGUUAACGCGUGACCUAAAAAAAUCAAAUGCUCAUGAAGUAGUACAUGGAAAACUUAUUAUCCACAUAUCAACAAAUUCCAAUAAUACGCCUGCACAAAUCGGCAUACCCGGAAACAAUCUUCAACCACCCAACCAUAUACGCAAUCAAUCUACACCAUCUCCAGCAACGCCAGCAUCAAAUCGUGUAAACAAUACACAGCCCAACACUCCCCAUCCUCAAAUGGUUCCUAAUACGUUGACACCACCAACUAAUCCAGAUAGCAGAAUACUAAGUUCGUCAGCACCGAGACCAACUGCACCGGUUACUGUGAAUGGCGGCACCUCGGCAAGCAGUGAUCACUUUGGACCAUUACCUCCUGGCUGGGAACGUCGUGUUGAUCAUCUCGGCCGUACUUAUUACGUCGACCACAAUUCCCGAACAACUACUUGGACCCGUCCGUCAUUGAACUCUUCUGCCACUCAACGCCUUCAAGAGCAGCAAAAUCUCACCGAGCUUGAACGACGAAGACACAACAACCGAACCUUACCUGAAGAAAGACCUUCAGGGUCUAGUUCACCAAUGCCUGGAUCAGCAGCUCCUACGUUGACAGAGACUGCAGGGCCGAGCAUGUCGAACGGGAAUAUUGUAACAGUGGUCGCGAAUGCGACAUCUGCUGGUUUUGGACCGUUGCCGUCUGGAUGGGAACAACGUACAACGCCCGAAGGCCGUGCUUAUUUCGUUGAUCACAACACGCGCACUACCACUUGGGUAGAUCCACGACAACGACAACAAAUUCGUAUGUAUGGCGGGCAAAACAACAACAAUGUCACGAUUCAGCAACCUAUUUCACACCUUGGACCAUUACCUUCUGGCUGGGAAAUGAGGCUUACGAGUACAGCACGAGUGUACUUUGUUGACCAUAAUACAAAGACGACAACGUGGGAUGAUCCGAGAUUGCCAAGCAGUUUAGAUCAAAAUGUACCUCAAUAUAAGCGAGAUUUCCGCAGAAAACUAAUUUACUUCCGCUCUCAGCCGGCCCUCCGUCCUGCCCCGGGUCAAUGCCAUAUAAAAGUACGACGUAAUCAUAUCUUUGAAGAUGCAUAUUCAGAAAUCAUGCGACAGAAACCAGAAGAUUUGAAAAAGAGGUUGAUGAUAAAAUUUGAUGGUGAAGAUGGUUUGGAUUACGGUGGUUUAUCCAGAGAAUUCUUCUUCCUUUUAUCACACGAAAUGUUCAAUCCGUUCUAUUGCUUGUUUGAAUAUUCGGCACAUGACAAUUAUACACUUCAAAUCAACCCGCAUUCUGGUAUUAAUCCGGAACACUUGAACUAUUUCAAAUUCAUCGGUCGUGUAGUUGGUCUUGCUAUAUUUCACCGAAGAUUCUUGGAUGCGUUCUUUAUCACAUCAUUUUAUAAGAUGAUUUUGAAGAAGAAAGUUGGGUUGCAGGAUAUGGAGAGUGUAGAUGCAGAUUUUUACAGGAGUCUGACCUGGACUUUGGAGAAUGAUAUCACCGAUGUUCUUGAUUUAACGUUUUCGACUGAAGAUGAACGUUUUGGUGAAGUUGUCACAGUUGAUCUAAAGCCAGAUGGACGUAAUAUUCCUGUAACAGAAGAUAACAAGAAAGAAUAUGUAGAGUUGAUUAAUGAAUGGCGAAUUUCCAAACGAGUAGAAGAACAAUUUAAAGCCUUCUUGGAAGGAUUUAAUCAGCUCAUACCGCAAGACUUAAUAUCUGUGUUUGACGAGCGCGAGUUAGAGUUGCUCAUUGGUGGAAUUGCCGAGAUCGAUGUAGACGAUUGGAAGAAACACACAGACUACCGAGGGUACACGGAAUCAGAUGAAGUCAUACAAUGGUUCUGGAAGUGUGUCAAAACAUGGGAUUCUGAAAAGAAGUCUCGUCUAUUACAGUUCACCACAGGCACAUCCCGUAUUCCAGUCAACGGAUUCAAAGAUUUACAAGGUAGCGAUGGGCCAAGGAGGUUUACGAUCGAAAAGGCAGGGGAUCUUACGCAGUUGCCCAAGAGUCAUACAUGUUUUAACCGUAUUGACUUACCUCCAUAUAAGAACUAUGACACACUGGUGUCUAAAUUAACAUUAGCCGUAGAAGAAACUGUAGGGUUCGGUCAAGAGUAG